AUGACCACGGAGAGUUUUGCAGAGUUCCUGCACAAGCUCAAGGAAAUCCAUGAAAAAGAGGUCCAAGGGCUGCACAGCAAGGUGACAGAGCUGACGACAGAGAAGUGCCGCGAUGCUCAGAGAAUUGAAGAGCUGUUUGCUAAAAAUCACCAAUUAAGGGAACAACAGAAGGUCCUUAAAGAAAAUGUAAAGGUGUUAGAAAAUAGGCUGCGAGCUGGUCUGUGUGACAGAUGCAUGGUCACUCAGGAGCUGGCCAAAAAGAAGCAGAAUGAGUACGAGACCUCUCAUUUCCAGAGCCUACAGCACAUCUUCAUCCUCUCAAACGAGACCAGUCGCCUGCGGGAGGAGAAUAAAACUCUCAAGGAAGAACUGAAGAGGCUCCGGAGCCUUGAGGACAGGACAAAGACCCCAGGAGUCUCCUCCAGAGAAAGCUGCUCCACACCAAGCUCCCCUUUGACUUUACUGUCCCCAGUGAGCAGGAAUGUCAGCACAGAGAAAGUAGAGCACAGGGAAGUAGAAGAAGCCCACCAGGAUGUGCCAGACCUUGAGCUCAGUGAAGAAAAGCCUCCAGAGAAGCUCCAGAGAAGCUCUCCAAGCAGCAGGACUUCUCCAGGCACUGUUCUGCAAGAAGUCAGCCUUGCAGAAAUUGCGUCCCAGAGGAUUUCCAACCAGCUGCAUGGAACCAUUGCCCUGGUGAGACCUGGCUCCAGACCCUGCCCCCUGGAAAAGAGUCCUUCAGAGGCAGCAGUGUCCCCACCAGCGAGGAAGACUCCUCUCCCUCCGGAGCGUGAGCACAGCCCCAGCCUCGAGGCUUAUUUAACAGCCAGCAAACUGGACUCCCCCAAGGUUUCUCCAUCCUAUGAAAAUCUCAAACUGAGUGCCCGGAGAGAACAGCUGUGCCUCCUCCACAAGCACCUUUCCCUGCACCAGCUGGGGCUGGCGAGUCACUGCACCCCGGCUGACCGGGACAGAUUCCCCAGCCACCUGCUCUGCACCAAAGCUGCCGAGGGCAGGACGCGGUCCCGGGACAGCUGGGAAGAGCACGCAGCCUUGCUGAAGCUCCCUGCCACCAUGGUGUACGUGAGGGACCAGCACCUGGAGGGGAAGCUGCACCUGCUCAAGCACCGGGAGCGGCUGCAGCAUCUCCUCCUGCAGCAGUGCCAGCCGGGCCAGCGGGCAGACGGCGACACAAAACCCCCGCCCGGCGAGCGGCCCCUGUCCCCGUGGCUGGGCAUCGCGGCAGGAUGCAAGGAGGAGAGGCUCUUCUUGGAGGAUGCUGCGGAUGGGAAGGAAGAGAAGGAGCUUUGGCUGAGCCGGGAGCGCUCCGAGCUGCGAGCGAAGGUGAAGGAGGCGAGGGACGAUGAUGCGGACGCGCCCCUGGACCUGUCCGAGUCUGGCCGCGGCAGGGACACGGACUGGCACGGCCGCCGGGAGAGCCCCGGGGACAGCGACCUGCGCUGCCCCUACCGCUGGCCCAGUGCCACCCGGCCGCUGCCUGGUGCCGCCAAGGAGGAGGAGGAGGAGGAGGAAGAGGAGGAGGAUGCAGCUGUGCUCAUGCUUUCACAGGCAUAUCUGACAAACAGCUCCACACCGAGCCACCCAGAGGCCCUUCCCGAGGCUGGGACGAGACGGGAUGUCAGUGCACAGAAGGGAGAAGCAGAUGACAACGAUUCCGAGUCUGGGAAGCAAGAAUCUGAUGAGCCAGACACGACGGACAGCGAGGAGAAGUAUGAAGAUGAGAUCCUGCAAGAAGCUGAGGCUGAUGGGAAAUACUUUUGCACCAAAGACAAAGUUCAUGUGCAUCAGAGAAAGAGGAAAAGAGGACAGGAUUCCUGGAUUAAAGGAUCUAAGAAGUCAAUGAGAGGAAAAAAGAAAAUCAAAGUGGAGCAAUGCCCGGUGGGGAUCACAAAGGAACUGGAGAAUUGCUCUGCUUCCCACAAUGAUCCCUCCAAGGAGAGUUAA